AUGGCCCCGACCAGCUUCUGGCAAAAACGCGACAUCGUAAUCCUCGCCGACAACCUUCAGGACUGGAAGGAUGCUGAGGGAGAUGAUGAACGUCAGGAGGAGCUGGUCAAAAAUACCAUAGAAAGGCUCCAGGAUCUCCGAGAUUAUCAGUUCGACAGAGAGACUCGAGAGCUCGUGGCAAAGUGGUAUACGGACCAAAGGGAGGAACGCGAGAAGCUGAGGAAGGAGAUGUUCAAGCUAGGGAAGGAUGUCAGCUGGCAGACGGUCGCAGCGAGGGAGAGGGAGGGCGACCUUGCGGAUAUCAUCGCUGAUCUGGGUCAGGGCAGGGAGAAGGAUCCAAAAGUAUACUUAUCCCUUUACCAGACUGCCCGCUCCAAGCUGUGCAAGGGCAUCUCAAAGAAGGAAGAGGAGGACUACCGUGCCACGGCGGACCUAUGGAACCGGACAGAGUGGCCGCCCGACCUGCAGCAAAAGACGCUCCUGAGACACGGGACCGACAUGGUCCUGGACUUCCAGAGGAUUAUGUACAGGAAGACCGGGCUGAGGACGUUCAUCCUGGGCUUCGUGAAGGCUGACAAUGGCCGGCCGGGAAUUGUGCAAUUCGACUUCAAUGAUCAAUUACCCAUCAACGGAGAAGAAGGCAGGGAACCGCCGAAGUUCGUCGACGCCUACCCGGACUUCAAGCGGGGCCAUACGUACGAGAUGUGGAAGAAGUAUGCGGAAGACGUGAUGGAUGGCGAUGGCUUUCCCGCCGACGGGCAACUCGGCGCGGCGCAGCUCAUCGCGAAUCUCGACUGGGAGCUCGACGAAGACAGGUAUCCUCUGCUACCUGACGCCGAUCACGAGUGUUUUGCCAAGACUGACACGAAGCGAGCCGUCCUCGGAACGUUCGUUCGUAUGACAUACAGACGGUACACCGGCCGGCCAAAGGCCAAGGUACCCUGGCAAUCCUUGUCGGAGGAGUCGGACACGUUCAUUGACGAGGCCUUUCUUCCCGCCGGGCAUGUUCUCAGUGAUCCAAACAAGAUGCGGGUUGGUGACCUGGAUGCCAUCCUGAAGCAUUGGCGCGAGCGGCAGGAUGACCAAGGUAAUCUGCUGGUCUUCAGAUUCAAGGCCUGGAGGAACUCGAAUCGCGAGGUGGUGGUGAUCGACGAGAGCAACGAGGAGCGCUACUCAGACGACGAGAGCUCGUCGAGCGACGAAGAGCCUCCGCCAAAACGGGCGCCGGCCGGCCGGCCGCCUGCCCCGGCCCGGCGACAAAAGCGAUCGCCAACGCCAGACAGUAGCGACGCUGAGGCAGAGUUUUUCCAGGGCGGGGACAUCGACAAGAGCUACAACUCGUUGUUUGAAGACCCCGCCGGCAGCGAUGAUGAUGACCAAGAACCGUCUCCGCCGCGGCUCACGAAAGCGGACAAGGGCAAGGCCCGGGCCAAUGCGGCGAGCCCAUCUCGCCCGGCAUCUUUUCUGCGCGGUCCGUCCAACGCCACCACCAACCAAGCGGACCGUCCGGCGAAGCCUGCCAAAGAUGUCAGCCAGAAGCCGACAUCUGCUACCGCUAAGAAGACGACGUUCAGGCCGGCGUUUCCCCCGGGCACUGGUCCCGGCCGCGGCUCAAAGACGAAAGGGGAGAACAAGGGCACGAAGGACAGAUCGGCCAGCAAUCCCAACACCACGGGUCCGAGUGCUGAGCCCGCCGCCGUGCAGAAGGCGACUGCUAGGCCCAAACCACGUCCGCGACGGCAGCCGGCCGCCGAGCCCGAUCCCACGGAGGAUGCUGCAGAGGCGCCUCCAGAUGAACGGCGGAAGGCACGGCGAAGCGACGAGGAUCAAACCGCUGGAGCAAGGCCAGCAAAGCCCAAGCCUGUUCCCCGACACAAGGUCCCUAAGCCCGCGGCCGACGCAGAUGGAGCAGAAGGGGCGCCGGUAAAUGAAUCGAAGGCCGCUCCGGCACGUGGGGGGAAGCCUGCAAGGCCCAAGCCAGUUCCCCGACUGAAGGUUGCUGAACCCUCGGCCGACGCAGAUGGAGCUGACAGUGCGCCGGCGAAUGAAUCGAAGGCCGUCCCACCCAAGGGCAAGCCGAAGCAACCGGCGACGAAGGAGACUGCGCCGAAAAGCGCCAAGCCAGCGGCCGCGUCAUCCAAACAGGCGGGCAGCAGUCGCCGUGCGUUGGUACCAGCUGAGUCCGACGCCGACGACGACGAAGUGCAGAUCGUGGGCCACACAAAGAAGGUGGUACCCGUCCGGUCGCCGUCAGACCCCGACUACGACAGCCCGGUGACCGUCGAGAACACCCGGCUGGCCCGUCGAACAUACCUGCUGUCUAUGACAUCAGAGGAUGGCACAAGGGGGAUGGUUGAGGCAACCGAACAUCUGCCGGAGAAGGGUGGAUGGAGCUCGAGCACUCGGUGGGAAUGGGCACGAUGGGACUAUCCCCGGGAGACGUGCUCCCACGUCAUUCAUACCAAGCCGAACGUUCUCUCGCAAUUCCGCCGGUGGCUAACGCUGAUGGAAGGUUCCUUGGCCGAGAAUACCAUCGGGCAGGACGAUGCCUUGCUCGUCGCCCUCGCGAUCCUGUCGGUUAUCCGUGACAUCGAGACCAAGGUUGAUCACCGAAGCGAAGACGAGAUACCGCAAUACGUCCUUGAAUCCCAGAUGGGCGAGAAAGUUGUCGCGGAGCUCGUGAAGCAUUGCGAAGCCCUCGCUCAGCUCUUUGUCAAUAUUGCGGCGUACGCACAGAGGAAGAGAAAAGCCGGCCCAGACGACAUCUCCGCGAUUGGAGCGCGCGUCAAGCGUCAUCGCGGAGACGACUCAGCCUCGCCGGCGAAGCCUACAAAGCCUGCAAAGGCUACGGCGAGUAGCAAGGCCGGUCCAUCCAAACCGCCAGCCAAGGGCAGUAGCAAGGCCGGUCCAUCAAAACCACCAGCCAAGGCCCGACGUAAGUAG